AUGGUUAAAGUCUUAGAGAAUAAGCUUGUCGAUCUCGAUCUCAUGCCUGGGCAAGAGCAGAUCGACCUGAAACGCAAGUUUCGCGAGCAGAUGAAAACUGGGCAAGCGACAAUUGGAGAUUCAGACGAAGGCAAGGAGAUAGAGCUGCCCGAAGGCGCGAGGAUCGUGCAAGGUGAAGAGGGCGCCAGGCUGGCAAAUCAACAAGGGUUACAAGUUCCGAAAGAAAUUCUCUCUGACAGCUUGAGCGCCGAACAGAAGCAGCGAGCAAGUGGAUUUGGAGGCGUUAUCAUUGAUAGCGGUGGAAAGGUUAUUUCUGGACUGACGGGAACGGUAGGCGGGGUAUUGAAGGGAGUUGGUGAUACCGCGGGAAAUGCUGUAUUUGGGUUAGGCAAGACGGGCACAGGUCUUGUAACCGGGCUUGCAGAUACGGCAAAGGCGCCAUUUGCCGCUUCAAAUACCGCUGCAAUCCAGCAAGUUGGGGCCCCUAGCACAGGCGCACAAGAAGACGGCGACGCAUCUGCAAGUGCCCAAGAUGGCCAAUCACUGUCCGGUUCUCAGGAAGAGUCAACAAAGAUUGAACUACGCGGUGACGGCGGGCUGUCCGACGGUGAGCCCGAAGAUGCUUGA